UUCUGGCAGGGAGCUGGGAAAGGCUGGGGAUAAGUGGAAGCUUUUUUCAGAGUAAGGCUACCACUCUGGCUCGGUGCCUCAAGCGGAUGGUAGGGGUAGGGUACCAGAAGCCUCUAGCACUCACAUGGACUUCUACAGAGGGCUCUUUGUAGCCUGGGCUCUCAGCCUCCUACCAGGAUUCUGUGACACCUUCAAUAUUGACACCAAAAGGCCCCGAAUCAUACCAGGCUCUAAAGAAGCGUACUUUGGCUACACGGUGCAGCAGCAUGAAAUCGCUGGGAAGAAAUGGCUGGUGGUGGGAGCCCCCUAUGAAACCAAUGGACAGCUGAAGACUGGAGACGUCUACAAGUGUCCGGUGAAUGGCGAGACUAACAGCAACUGCACCAAACUCAACCUAGGAAGAGUAACACUCUCCAAUGUGUCAGAGCGCAAAGAUAACAUGCGUCUUGGCCUGAGUCUGACCACAAACCCCAAGGACAAGAGCUUUCUGGCUUGCAGCCCUCUCUGGUCCCAUGAGUGCGGAAGCUCUUACUAUACCACGGGAAUGUGCUCCAGGGUGAACUCCAACUUCAGAUUCUCGAAGACCAUAGCUCCUGCUCUCCAGAGAUGCCAAACGUACAUGGACAUAAUCAUCGUUCUGGAUGGAUCGAACAGCAUAUAUCCCUGGGUUGAAGUGCAACAUUUCCUGAUAAACAUCUUGAAAAAGUUUUACAUUGGGCCUGGUCAGAUACAGGUUGGAGUUGUUCAGUAUGGAGAAGACGUCGUGCAUGAAUUUCAUUUAAAUGACUACAGGUCUGUAAAAGAUGUGGUGGAAGCUGCUAGUCACAUAGAGCAGAGAGGAGGUACAGAAACCAGGACGGCAUACGGGAUAGAAUUUGCUCGCUCAGAAGCCUUUCAGAAAGGUGGGCGAAAGGGAGCAAAGAAAGUGAUGAUUGUCAUAACCGAUGGGGAAUCCCAUGACAGCCCAGACCUGGAGAAGGUGAUUGAAAACAGUGAGAAGGACAAUGUCACCAGAUACGCUGUGGCAGUUCUGGGGUAUUAUAAUAGAAGAGGAAUCAACCCAGCAGCAUUUUUGAAAGAAAUAAAAUUCAUAGCAAGUGAUCCAGAUGACAAGCACUUCUUUAAUGUCACAGAUGAAGCGGCACUUAAGGAUAUUGUGGAUGCACUGGGAGAGAGGAUAUUUAGUUUGGAAGGUACCAACAAAAACGAAAUCUCCUUUGGACUUGAAAUGUCCCAGACUGGAUUUUCAUCACACAUUGUGGAAGAUGGGAUUUUGCUUGGGGCCGUAGGAGCGUAUGACUGGAAUGGAGCAGUGCUCAAAGAAACCAGCAGUGGAAAAGUCAUUCCUCAUAGGGAAUCGUAUCUCCAGGAAUUCCCAGAGGAGCUGAAGAACCAUGGAGCAUACCUAGGUUACACCGUCACCUCAGUGAUGUCUCCAAAGCAUGGAAGGAUUUAUGUAGCGGGAGCUCCCAGGUUCAACCACACUGGGAAAGCAAUUAUUUUUACAAUGCACAGCAACAGAAACCUAACUAUUCACCAGUCUUUGAAAGGAGAACAGAUUGGCUCCUACUAUGGAAGUGAAAUAAAUUCCAUCGACAUUAAUGGAGACGGGAUGACAGAUAUUUUGUUGGUCGGUGCCCCCAUGUACUUCAGCGAAGGCAGAGAGAGGGGGAAGGUGUACGUCUACGUUCUAAAAGAGGACCGGUUUGUUUUCAAUGGAGCUCUGAAAGAUUUGCAGAGCUACCAGAAUUCUAGAUUUGGUUCUUGCAUCGCCUCUGUCCGUGAUCUGAAUCAAGACUCCUACAACGAUGUUGUCAUUGGUGCUCCUUUGGAAGAUGACCACCAAGGAGCAAUAUAUAUCUUCCAUGGCUUCAAAGAAAACCUCCUGAAGAUGUAUAAGCAGAGAAUAGCAGCCGCAGACCUUCUUCCAGGCCUGAUGUAUUUUGGAUGCAGUAUCCAUGGACAACUAGAUCUAAAUGAAGAUGGCCUCAUAGACCUAGCAAUUGGCUCCCUUGGAAGUGCUGUGCUCUUAUGGUCCCGCAGUGUUGUCCAGGUCAAUGCCAGCAUUCGGUUUGAACCAUCCAAAAUCAACAUCUUUAACAAAGACUGCAAGCGAAAUGGGAAGGAUGCCACCUGCAUGUCUGCAUUCGUCUGCUUCACUCCAGUCUUCCUCUCGACUCAUUUUCAGAUGGCAAGUGUGGGAUUAAAAUACAAUGCAACCAUUGACGAGCGAAGGUACACGCCACGGGCUCAUCUGGAUGAAAAUAGCGACCGGUACACUCAUAGGCUGGUCACAUUGUCUGCAGGACAAGAACACUGCGACAAGCUAAAUUUUCACGUCUUGGACACAGCAGACUAUGUGAAGCCUGUGACAUUUUCCGUCGAAUAUGGUCUGGAGAACCCUGACUAUGGUCCCAUGAUGGAUGAUGGCUGGCCAACUGCAUUUAAAGUCUCUGUGCCUUUCUGGAAUGGAUGCAAUGAGGAUGAACACUGUGUCCCUGAUCUGGUCCUUGAUGCUAAAAACGAUAUUCCAACUGCCACGGAGUAUUGCAGAAGAGUACUGAGAAAGUCACCGUCGGAUUGCGCCGCCUACACACUAUCUUUUGAUACCUCCGUUUUUAUCAUAGAGAGCACGAGGAGGAGGGUGGCUGUAGAAGCUACACUGGAGAACAAAGGCGAAAAUGCAUACAGCACUGUCCUAAACAUUUCCUUCUCGAGAAAUCUGCAGUUUGCUAGCUUGAUUCAGAAGGAUGAUACAGACAUCAAUAUUGAAUGCAUGAAUGAAGAAAAGCGCCCCAACAAGAAGGUGUGCAAUGUUAGCUACCCCUUCUUCCGAGCCAAAGCAAAGGUGGCUUUUCGCCUGGAUUUCGAAUUCAGCAAAUCUAUUUUUCUUCAAAGCAUGGAGAUCUAUCUAACUGCCAACAGUGACAGCGAAGAACAGGAAAGUACGAAAGAAGAUAAUGCUGCUCUCCUGAAUUUUCACCUGAAAUACGAAGCCGACCUCCUUUUCACCAGGAGUUCGAGUCUGGACUAUUAUGAAAUCAAGUCAAACAGCUCCCUGGAGAGGUACGACAGCAUCGGCCCUCCCUUUAAUUGCACAUUUAAGCUGCACAAUCUGGGGUUCUUUCCUGUCGACGGCGUGACUAUCAAAAUCACAAUCCCAGUAGCCACAAGAGGAGGGAAUCGCCUUCUGCUGCUGACUGAUUUCAUUGUGGAUCAGGAAAACACGACGUGUAAUAUCUGGGGAAACAACACUGAUUACAGAAGGACACCCGCUGAGGAGGACCUUUCCCGUAACCUACAACUGAACCACAGUAACUCGGAUGUCGUGUCCAUUGACUGUAAUGUGAAAUUAGCAUCCAAUGAAGAAAUCAACUUUCACUUACGUGGCAAUCUGUGGCUGGAGUCACUGAAAGCACUGAAGUUCAGGUCACUGAAGCUCACGACGAAUGCAGCUCUGCAGCGACGGUUUCGCAGCCCCUUCAUCUUUCGGGAAGAGGACCCCAGUCGCCAGAUAACGUUUGAAAUCUCCAAGCAAGAGGCAUCCCAGAUCCCGAUCUGGAUCAUUCUAGGCAGCACGCUAGGAGGGCUCCUGCUGCUCGCGCUCCUUGUCCUGGCUCUAUGGAAGCUUGGAUUUUUUAAAAGUGCCAGUCGCAAGAGAGAUACAGAACAGGAGCAGAAUGCCAAAGUAUUAGAAUGAGGCUUCCCCAGCGAGGGCCUGUGAAGCUCAUCUAUCUAUCAUCCUGUUCCUAUUCAUUUACAGCUUACGGAGUAUAUGUCUGUCUUGAUGCUGAGGGAUGUGGGUGUGGAACUCCGUUUGCAUCGAGAUGAGAAUACACCCCUUUGUGUGAAAUUAUCUAAAUAAAACCGAUUCGCUGGCUCAAUGCCACAGGAGCACAAGCAUCAAAAGGUACUUCAAACUGGUUUUAACUAGCUCUGUUUUGCCUAGUCGGAGGCAGCUGUGCAAAUCUGAGAGAGAGAGAGAACUAAGGGCAAUAACAGAAUAGGGGUGGUCAUUAUGAUUAAUGUUUUCAUGCUGGGGAUUGCAAGUUUAAUGACAUGCUACAGAACUAAAAAACAAGCCAGUCCGAUUAAUUGUGAGAGCUGUGAGAUGAGGGUGAAAUCUCAGGAGAUUUACAGGAGCUAAUUUUCAUGCCUGAGUUGUAUAAAAUCCCACUGAUUAAUUGCACCUCCUGUUCUUGAACUUCUUAAUCGGCAUUAUGGAUGGGAUUUGAGAGACGUUCUAGCUAAAAGACAUGGAAAGUCUAGUUCCCAACUGUUAAGCUGUAGCAACAGUAAACCUGCAUUUAUUGUUUGUUCAUUUAAAUGGCCGCACACACUGUGGGUAAUGUGUGUUCAAAAUGUAGUGUUCAAAAAUCGUGUGAGGGGAUGUCCUUGUGCAGAGCACUCCUUCGCUGCUGCCACUGCUACUAACCAGUACUUCUGAGAUACCUCAUAUUAAAGGGUAACAUUUGGAUUAUUCAAACUAGGCGGACUUGUCCGUAAAAUGCCACAUGUGAAUUCUCCAAGUGCAUGAUUUGCCUGAGGAAAUAAGAUUUCUCCAGUGAGGAAGAAAGAGACAAAAAAUCCUGUCCAGCUAGUAAACUGAUCAAUUGAACAAAUUACACAUUUGUUAAAUUCAUGUUGUGCAUCAAAAUGUAAUAAUGCAGGGUUCAGUGGAGCGCCCGUUGAAGCAAAGCGGAGCUGGCUCAGGCCAAUACAAAGCCACAGAUCCCCAAGUGUUUUACAUUUUCUGAGUGGAGAGUUUAAUACAGAGAUUUUAAUUUGCUUUCUUUUUAAUGCACUGAAUACAAUUAAUAGCAAAUUAAAGCACCUUAAUGCAAAACUUCAGUGUCCAGCUGUAUAUACUUAUUCUGAAAAUAUUUACCUGUUUAAACACAAAAGAACAUCAAAAAACCAGUUUGAAGUGUUUUCUACAAACUGUGCAAUUUCAAAGAGUAUACGUGCAACAGGAAUCCAAACAUGUAUUAUAAUUGUAUAUACUUGGUGUAAUGCAGAGAUGAUCAGUGCUGUUUGACAAAAAUCUUUUCUUUUGCAUAAUAUAAUUAUUUAUGCUAAUAUUAACUUUAUGACUGAAAAGAAAGAAAGCAGACGUCCACCCGAUGUGUAAUAAAGUCUGUUAAAUACUGUUUGAGUAUUUUUUAAGGAUAAAAAAUACAGUAUUUUUAAAAAUUCAUAGUUUCAACUACCAUUCUGUGCCAAACCAUUUUCACCAAUAUCAUCUAGAAUUGGAUUGACUUGUUCACAUGCCUUUAGAAGAGAGUGGAAAGAGGGACUAUGAUUAUACUAUUUCUGCCCUUAUUUAUUUUGACAAUAAAUAUAUUUUCCAGAACGACUAUAUAGAAGCCUUCUUUUAAAGGGACACUGUCAGGUUAAAAAAACUAAAUGCUUACGCCUGCAGCAUGAGUAUCCCAUUGUGGCCCAUCCACACAUACGUUGCAGGAUCAUCCCCGUUGGGCCUUAUCGUUGUGUUAAACCUUUUGAUUAUUUAAACUGAAAAACAAAUCUAAUUGGCUUGUUUCUGUUUCUGCUUUUCUUGCCUUUUGCAUUUCUCAGCUUGAGCAAAGGAAGGUCUAGUCAGUUUCAUUAUUUCUAGUUAAUUUUACUUUCAUGUUUUCCUGCACUAGCCCAAGCAGGGGCUAGUAAUGGGGAUGCAACUGCUUCAGGGAGGUGUUUAUUUACAUUUGUUUCCAUUAGCGAUUUUAAACAAAGAAUGGGACUAGCUAUGAUGGUUUUAGGCUUUGUGAAUGAUUAGCAUGGGGGUGCCUGUUUUACAACACUAAAUGGGGAUUUUUGACCUGACGUUGUCCCUUUAAUUCAAUAUUAUAUUGGGAGUAGCAUAUGUUUCCCACCACAAGAGUGCAUUUUCUUCUUGAGCUGCCUUAACUAAAAUCUUGGCCACUGUACAGAGUUUCUUUUUCCCCCUUUUAUGAGUGAUCGGUUUUCAGAAAUCUUGCAAAAUAAUCUUGUUGAAAGUAUUUAAAUGGAAGGCUGCAUAAAGAACACUGAAGUCAUCAAUUCAUCCUCACACGACCUCUCUCUUUGACCAACAUCAAACCCAACACACAAAAAAAACCCAAACCCAACAACAAAAAACAAACAAACCACCACACAUUGUUCAGCAGCUUGUUCAUUCCAGAUGUUGGCGAUGAGAAAAUUAAUUUUCUUUUUCAAAUCCAAAACUUUAGCUUCUCAUUAGUAUUUUCCCCGUAUUUUAAAUAACUUCAAUAUACACGAAAUAGAAAAUACCUCAAGGUCAAAAUUCACUGGGGCCUGAUUUUGCACCAUUGAAGUCAACUGAUGCUUUGCCACUUCCUUCGGUGGGCACAGAAUAAGACCAAUAGUGAAUAAGCAACAGUGUAAAUAAAAUACCCAGUAUUGCUGUAGGGUCUUUCCACUGGCAACCAAACGGAUGAAAUGUAGCGACUUCGUAUUAAUUCUGUUCCUUAAAACAAAAGAAAAUGAUUGCCCAAUCAAUUCUUGUUUAUACUAUCCUAAUAAUGGACAAAUAAAAGCUUUUAUCGUGUAUUCCACCAGUCUCAUAAAGAACAAAAACAGCACUACCAUCUUCAUCGGGAUUGCGCGGCGUCUGGCCGGUGCCUUGUUCUGAGAUGCAGCUGAAGUUCACAUUGCUCGUGUAUAUAGGAAACAUUCCGCUGGCAAGUGCUAGUUACAUGAUUAGCCAGUUUCCAAUUUGAUGGACGCACUUUGCCAAAACUGGUCACUGCUGUAUAAUAUGCAAACAAUGUGCUUGUACACAGGGUCUGUAAAUAUGCUUCGAAAUGUGCAGCUCUACUUUGUAACACUGAACUGCUGGGAAAUACAAUUUGAAGAUUUGUGUA